CGUUCUCCCCCAAUAAAAUGCCUCUCGAGCCGGAACUUUGUGACACCGUCUAAACUCUCUUCCUCGGCGGAGCUCUCUCAGCUGAAGUGAAACCAGCAGCUCUUCUUAGUCUCGUUUAGCUAGCUAUCACCAAGAUGAGGCCGCCUCAGAGAGGUCGUGGCGGCGGCGGAGGAUUUAGGGGCGGAAGGGGUGAUGGAGGGAGAGGAAGAGGGAGAGGUGGAGGUGGAGGUGGAAGAGGUGGUCGUGACGGAGGUAGUGCCAUGAGAGGGCGUGGUGGUGGACGUGGUGGUGGUGGUGGUCGCGGUGGAAGAGGAGGACGUGGUGGUGGUAGGGGCGGGAUGAAAGGUGGAAGCAGAGUUGUGGUCGAGCCUCAUAGACAUGAGGGGGUGUUCAUUGCUAAGGGCAAAGAAGAUGCUCUUGUUACAAAGAAUAUGGUCCCUGGAGAGGCUGUCUAUAACGAGAAGAGAGUCUCUGUGCAGAAUGAAGAUGGCAGUAAAGUGGAAUAUAGGGUGUGGAACCCCUUCCGAUCAAAGCUGGCAGCUGCCAUUCUUGGUGGGGUUGAUGAGAUAUGGAUUAAACCUGGUGCUCGGGUUCUCUACCUCGGAGCUGCUUCUGGGACCACAGUAUCUCAUGUUUCCGAUGUUGUUGGCCCUACUGGAGUGGUGUAUGCCGUGGAGUUCUCCCAUCGAAGUGGGAGGGACUUAGUCAACAUGGCAAAGAAGAGAACCAACGUUAUUCCAAUCAUUGAAGAUGCUAGACAUCCAGCCAAGUACCGUAUGUUGGUUGGAAUGGUGGAUGUAAUAUUUUCCGAUGUUGCUCAACCCGAUCAGGCGAGAAUUUUGGCUCUAAAUGCAUCAUAUUUCCUCAAGGCUGGAGGUCAUUUUGUCAUCUCAAUUAAGGCAAACUGUAUUGAUUCCACCGUUCCAGCCGAGAUAGUAUUCUCCCAGGAAGUGAAGAAACUCCAGGCGGAACAGUUCAAGCCUUUUGAGCAAGUUACUCUCGAGCCCUUUGAGCGAGACCAUGCUUGCGUCGUCGGCGGUUAUCGCGUGCCGAAGAAACAGAAAGCUGCUCCUGCAUCAUAAGAAGUCCCGGACCCGCCUUAGUUCUUCCAUCACCUGUCACUUAGUUUCUCGGGGUGCACUUGAAUGUCAGUCUUUAUGUAUCUCUUUCUUAGAUUGGAACUCCAAUGUUUUCAAGAUUUUAGGUGGGGGCUCUUGUAAUGGACCGAUAUAAUGCUGAAUCGCGUUCGAAUUUUUCCACCUUCGGGCCAGUAGUUGGGUUGGUAAA